UAGUCCAAAGUCCAAUUUAGUGGGCUAACGCAGUUGCUUACAUGUGGCUCAGAUCUAUCUGUCAGCAGACUUUCGGCGAGUUUGAUCUCUUCAGAGGAUAAAAUGAUGCACUGGACUAAAAUGAAGAAAGAUCAGUCUCCCCGUGUGACAGGAGCUCGAGAGGCAGUAUUCACCCAGCCGGUGGUCGCACAGGAUGUCGGCGGACGACGUGAUCAAGGCUCACGUGAAGGCUUUAAAGGAAGGUACGGAGCGUGCCCGUGGUCUGGCUCAAAUGUUGCCCAAUGUGCCAUAUGGGGACGGAGAUGGAGAGAAACUGGAUGUCUACAUACCCAGCACCAAUUCUCUGGAUGUUCCCCUUGUUAUUUACCUUCAUGGAGGCUACUGGCAGUUCCUCAGCAAGGAGGAGUCGGGAUUCAUGGCUGUCCCCCUCGUUGAUAAGGGCGUAGUUGUGGUUGCCGUCGGCUAUGACAUCGCCCCAAAAGGCAACAUGGACCUGAUGGUGUCUCAAGUACGCAGGAGUAUUGUGUCUGUUGUUCAGCAGUAUUCGCACAUCAGCGGUCUGUACCUGUGUGGUCACUCUGCUGGGGCUCACCUGGCUGCAAUGGUCCUCUCCACUGACUGGUCGCAGUACAGCAUCACUCCUCAGAUCAAAGGUGCUUUCCUAGUCAGUGGCAUAUAUGACCUCCUGCCCAUCCUGUCCACCUACGUCAACGAGCCUUUGAAGAUGACAGAGGAGGUGGCGGUGAGAAACAGCCCCAGCAAGCUGGUCCCUCAGCUCAAAGUGUCCUCCUCCAACUGUCACAUCAUCGUGGCCGUCGCUGAGAAUGAUUCGCCGGAGUUUCGCAAACAGUCGGAAGAUUACUACAAAACUUUGGAGGCGUCAGGACUUGAUGUGACCAUGGAGGACGUGGCAAACACAGAUCACUUCAGUAUCAUCGAGCAACUGGUAGAUGGGGAGUAUCACCUAACAAAGCUUCUCUUGAAGGUGAUGGGGAAGAGCUGAGGCUGCGGUCUUCAUCGUCUAAUAUGAACAUACCUCUGUAUCAACAUACACCUCUGAACAGAGUCAUUGUCCACUGAUACUGAUACUAUAUGCAUUAUUUCAGGUUUGUACAUUGUAAAUGUACAAUUGAUAUAACUUUGCUCGAUCAAUAACGAGGUAGAAUGGAUUGUUUUGACUGUCCAGUUUAAUGUAUCAUUAGUCAUACCUCAUUGCUCACUGUAGAUACUACUGUCAGGAAAACGUGUCAUAAAAACAUUGCGUGCCUAAAACUGAGUCACUUCAAGGGAUGGUGAUUGUAGCAAAUGACACUGCUGUCAAACCUGCUCAUAUUCAGUCGUAAGCAGCUUAUUUAACAAACAGUGCACAAUGUUAUCAUCAGGAAGCCACUCGCGCACUAAAAGUUGUAGAGCUGAUGGUUAGUUUUGGCAUAUAUCCAGUGUUAUGUAAAAGGGCGAGUCUGUCUGUUUUGUGUUUUCUGUUCUUGUGACAAUCUUUACCACAACUUAAUAUAAACUGGAACUCAUGUCAACAAUACUGACACAUCAUACAAAGUGAAUGUAGCUUUUUAUUGUCACCUACACAGGGAACUUUAAUCAACACUAUAUAAUUGCACUGUUUAUUUGAUCCUAAUAUAGCAGAAGAGUAAUGAUAUGUGAAUACACUUAUCUUUAAAGAACAAAUGGGACUAAAAACUGACGCACACUGUUACUGCGCACGUGAUAGCUUUGUAAGUAAUUGUUUACAUUAUUGUUUGCACAAGGUGUUCUGUCAGUCAUUAUUGUAGAAUAUCAUCAAUCAUCACAAUAAAUAUUUAUAUUUAAGAA